GAGUCCAAGCUGUCUGACCUUAGUUUUCUGACAUCGAUUGUAGUAUUUUUGUUUUUGCAUUAGCAUAGAUUCUACACCAAACAUAAAGAGAGAGAAAAAAAAUUCACAUAUCUUGGUUCCCAUAUUUUUAUAUACAGAUAGAAAUAGUGAACAAUUUAGCUGGGGGGGUGUGACUAGGGACAGUUGUGUACUGAAGAUUCAGAUCAAGAAAUGUCUGCAGUGACAGGCCAAAGAGAAAAGAACAUGAUAGCUGAUAGAAAAUGGAGUGAUAAGAAAGUGGAAGGGGAUGAUGGUGUUAGAACUGUGGAGUGCCUGAGAGGCAGAUUGCUUGCAGAGAGACAAGCUUCAAGGGUUGCUAAAGAAAAUGCAGAGCUCCUAGGCAACAAGUUGAUAGAGCUAGAGAACCAACUUAAAGAAGAGACAAAAUUCAGGAACAAAGCUGAGAAGAAGCUUAAAUUAUUGAUGAAGAAGCUUGAAUCUUUGAACAUUUCUACAAUAUCUGUGGAAUCAGAGCAAUCUAGUACAUCCGAAAAGUGUGAAAUGUCUUGUACAUCAUCCACAAGUACAUCAGUUUCCAGACACCCAGAAGAAGAUGAACCCAAAUCCCAAUUCUCAAGCCCACAAAUUUCACAAAAUCUGAAGCACAAUGUCUCAGAAACCUCUACACCCACUCAAAUCCAUUCAAGUCCUUCCACUGAAAAUGAUUUUAGUCCUCAAGGUACUUCUAGUGCUAGUGCUAGUGCUAGUUCCAAUUCUAAUUCUAAUCACGAUGACCCUUCCCAUAAAUUGAGCCCCAGCUCUGAAGAUCCAAGGUCUGAUAAUCAUAGUUGUUCAAGCUUAAAAUCUUCAAUAGUAGAAAAUGAGAGUGAUCAUGAGAAUGAUGUUGAUAACUCGUUGGCAUUAGUUCCGUUGAGUUUUCCAAUGACCUCAAAGACUGUUGAAGUGAAGCCAUUGAAUGAAAGUGUUUGUGAAGUUCUUAAUGCUCUAAGGAAUGUCAAGGAAGAGAUUCAGAGCUCAAUGCAGAGAAGACACAUGGUUCGUGUUGGUCCAAUUUAAGUAUGCACAACAUUUUAUCUUAAUUUUCUUUUGAAUAGCACUGUAGAAAGAGACAUUUCAGAAAGAUAAAGCCAUUUCUGUUGGUUUUGCAUUGAAGCAAACAGAGGAUGAGAUAGCAUAGCAAUAUUAGCAGAAUAUUAAGUAUUUGCAUUAA